AUGAUAAGUUUCAAAAGAUCUUCUAAAGACAAGCAUUCUAAGGGUCCCAAGAUCACCAAGGCUGAACCAAUACAAGUCGAUACCUCCCACUCCGAGGUUCUCGAUACGCCCAAAAAAGUCAUCAAAUCUCUGUAUGACUACAAGGCCCAGGGCCCUGGUGAGCUCACUUUCAAGAAAGGAGACUUUUUUCACGUCAUAGGUAGUGAAGAUGACCCCGAAUGGCUAGAGGCUUACAACCCAGUGACAAAAGCCCAUGGCAUGGUCCCAGUGCCAUACUUUGAGACAUUCUUCAGAACUGGCCAUGCGGACUUGCAGCCCCAAGAUCAGGCCGCUACAAAUCCCAAUCGCCAGUCUUUGUCAAUUCUGCAUGCCAAAGUGUUAUAUGAUUUCCGUAAAGAACGAGAUGACGAACUAGAUAUCGACGCAGGCGACUAUAUUAUUGUAUGUGCUCAUUAUGAUUACGAAUGGUUUAUUGCAAAGUACAUCAAUAAACUGGGCGGGCCCGGCUUGGUUCCUGCGUCUUAUGUUCAAUUGAUCGAUAUGAAAACGGGUCAACCGAUCCUAAGGGAUAUGAAGUCGAUUGUAGACCAAGAGAAAUUACCCACUAUUGAAGAAUGGAAAAAUAACAAUGCUAGAUAUAGGGAAAGCUCCAAAAUCAUUUCCUCCGAGUACAACCAAGAGGGUGUUCAUCAAAAUCAGCAAGGAAAUCAUGGAGAUGAGUAUCCACCGAAGCUCUCCAGGACAGGCACUGAUCUCAGUUCUCAACAUUGGUUGGCGCCUACAGAUCCGUAUGUUGUUUCUGUUAAUGUGGAGUCAUUUUACAUGACAAAUGACAAAUUUUGGUUUCUGGUCAAGGCGACUCUAUCGAAUGGAAUGGUAAGACUGUUGUGUCGGUUUUACGAAGAUUUUUUUAAUUUCCAGCAAAACUUGUUAACGAGAUUCCCCCGAGAAGCUGGUAAACAAGAGGGUCAUCAAAGAAUAUUUCCUUACAUCCCAGGCCCAUUGUCCUAUGUCAACGAAAAUAUCACUGCCAAGCGUAGAGCAGACUUAGAUGACUAUUUUCAACAUUUGUUCAGGUUACCGGAUUAUAUAACGCGUUCUGCACUAGUUUCCGCUCUCUUUGAAAUACGGUCUGGGGACAAGGAAUUCAAAUCUUCUGAUGACCUGACUCUACCAAAUCCACGAGUCUCGGUGCUCCAAUACAAUAAUCAAUCAUCCAGUCAGCAACAGAGGCGCAGCUCUCAAUACCAACAGGAUAGACUCUCUCAAUAUGAAAAACACAGACAAUCAGACUCUAUCAAUCAUUUGGUUAAACGCAUGAGUAGCUUAAACACAGAGACCAAAAGUUCUUCCUCAAGCUCUUCUGGUCUCAUCACAAGCAAACUAAAGCUGAAGUUCUACUUUAAGGAUGACAUUUUUGUGCUUAUAGUGCCCACAACCGUGGGAAUCGCUGACUUAAAACGGCUCGUGGCCUCAAGGCUGGACCACUCAGCUUCUGCUUUACACCUAUAUCCAAAAUAUGGAGCCAACAUUGAUGAAAAUGAAUAUAGCGAACAUGAUGAGAUUCAAUCUGAUGAUACCUUGUGGGGCAGUAAAUGUUUUGUCGACAAGGGAAAAGUUCUUGUGAUUGCAACGUGA